AUGGACGCAACAGACUCCAAGAUCCCGAAAAACGCUGUUUCAGAAUCCCAUCUUGAGGAUGAAUUGGAAUGUGAUGAUAAUCAGUCGGCCAGACGCAGUACAUUUGAACAAUUUCAAGAAACGAUGGAUCAGUUCCAGCAAUGCAAAGUGGAAGCGGCCAUAGAGUCUUUACAAGCUGGGCAUAAGCACUUCCUGAAUCUAACCCCAGAUAGCCUCGGAAACCCGACUGAUUACGAAAAGGAGCUGGUGGAUCGAGGAAGAGAGAUGUGUUUGAGUUAUUGCUCCGCUCCUCCUUUCUUUGGUGCUGUUUUGUUAAACCCCAAGCUGAUCGCAGAUAAGGAGGACCAUUUCUAUGUCAGCUUUACUAUGGUUUUUGCUGCUGUUGCACUCAAGCUGCAUAAAUAUAAAAUAGCUAUAGACUUAUUUCAGCGAUGUGAUUCUCUUUACACAUUUGAUGCCACGCCAUGUCCGAAAGACAACGAGCAAGUUAUGGAUAUUUUAAGAGCAGUAGCUAAGGCUAAUGUAGGCUACGUUUAUCUGAUUAUGGGAGUUAUGGACAACGCUAGCGAUUAUCUAGAAUGCGCGCUGGAGAUUUUUGAAACAUUUAAAAACAAAAACAAAACUGACUCUCUAGAAAUAAACAUUGUUGCUAUACAAACCAACUUAAGCUUAGCUUACCAGUGUCAGAAGAACUACAUUGCUGCAGUGAAGUUGCAAGAGCGUCUUAUUCUGAAGGCCAAAUACCCCAUUCUUCCCCCACAUUUGGUAGCUGCCAUACAUUACAAUAGAGCAGAGUUGUUCAUAGAGCUCAAAGAACCUGUAAAAGCACUCAUGGAGCUGAGGACGUUGGACUCACUAUUUGAGAGGAUGAACAACGAAGAAGCAAUAUUCUCGAAAUUUAUAUCUUCAAAAAUUUGUUUGGCGUAUCAAAAGAUUGGAGAUGUGGCUCGUGCAGAGGAAAUAGCGGAGCGCUUGACUUUCCCUUCCCUUUCGCCUGAAUCGCUAUCAUCACCACUCUCGCCUUCGUUAAAAUCGUUUUCGACAGCAUCGGGGUCAGGGUCAGAGUCGUCAUCAUCAUCGUCGUCGUCAUCAGUUUCAUCAUCGUCAUCAUCAUCUCCGUCAUCAACAUCGUCAUCUUCAUCGUCUGCUUCGUCACUAAUGUCUUCAUUUUCGUUUUUCUUUACCGAUUUUGAAGCUGUCCUCGGAUGUAAUGGAAAAUGCCAAUGGGACUUCUUGUUCGCAACGAUAUUGAAUUUAGUUGAUUUUCACUUAAACGAAAAAAACUUAGAAUAUGCAUCUUUCCUCGACGUUUUUGUACCAAUUUGCAAAGAAACGUUAGGGAAAAACCACCCAACAUAUGCAUCGUUUCUCUAUAGGCAAGGUGUUAGAUUUUUUCUGAUGGAAAGAAACCUGUCAUCAAAAAAUUGCUUUGAAGAAGCAUUAAAUAUUUUGACAAGUUUUGGCUACGGUUUAGAUCACCCGGAUUUGUUGCAAUGUAACAUCGCUCUUGCAAGGUUAUUAUUGUGCGAAGACUUUCAAGAGGUUCCUCAGUUGAAGUCGCGCCGUGACCGAAGCUGGCGAGAAUUUCCUUGCGACGCAGCAGAUGGAGUUGUAAGCCCUGAUAUUCCAUCAUUUAGAGAAGACAGUAACAAGUGGGACAGCAACGAAGAAUUAGACGGACCAGGUAAAAUUUCUGAUCGAGAAAACCGUAGAGGCAAGAAUUAUGAUCACCUUGAAAAUGCACCCCAAAAGGAUGAGAACAAAGGAAUCAGCAUCUCACAGAAGAUACAGAAAACACCAAAUGAAGUCAGUGGUGGACGGAAUGACACUCUUAAAGCCUCUUUUCAUGGAGGAUAUGUGGUUGCAGACAGCGGUGAAAACCCCGAUGUCAUUACUACAAAUGGGGCUUGCGGCUUUGACAAAGAUUGGAAUACCCAAGCUGUUGCCCUUCCAAAAACACCAGGAGAUUCCCACGGGAUUAAUUCGAAAACAAAAACAUAUUUUGGUUUGAAAGGUGGACGCCGAAGCGAUCUUCCGUCAGGGCACAGCUCACAAAGGGAUGCAAGUGGGGAUGACUUUGGCACAAAUCACAUCGGAAUAGAUCCCAGUUUCCUCGCACGUCAUUCUUAUGAGUGCAAUGCAUCUGAUGAGCGCUGGGAUUCUUGUGAUCCAUUUGAAGAUUCAGAAGUGCUUGCAGGUUCCCACUCCGAGUAUACCAGAUCUAGGUGUAUGACUGAAGUGUACCACCUUACUUCUCCAAGUUCAACGAAAUUUCCUGAAUGUCGUGAUUUUGCAAAAACUGUUCCAGCGAAGACCUUUGGACUACCUCAAUCUUCAAGUUUCCAUGAAGAUGGAUGUAAAGCAAAUCUCCCGUUUACAAAUAUCUCCCCAGAUGGACAUGUACUCGCCGAAAGGCCGACGUUCUCAUCGCAAUUUGAAAGAAAAGAUGACGCUCCAGGAUUUCUUCCGGACGGGGAAAGUGCAGGAGCUGGUCAUGGUCUGUUAAACAGUAAUUCAAACACAUCUGCUGACGAAUCAUUGGCCGUACUCGAGCAACGUGUGGCUGAAGCUUGCUGUCUUGUCGAGAAAACGUUGAAAGAAAGACAAGAAAGAGAGAAAUCGAUGAAAGAAACGGAGCAAAAAAGAAAAGAUAAGCGGGCAAGGAAACAACAACUUGCACGUGAAAGAAAAGAAAGGGAAGCGAGGGAAGCAAGAGAAACGGAACUCAGGAAUGAAAGAGUAGAGGGGAACUCCACGAGCGGUGGACAAGAAACACCUUUGCAAGACUCGGCAAGUGCUGGGGUUCGACAGUGGCUGUGUGAACAUUAUCAGCGGCUCUGCCGUGUCAAAUUCUCAUGCUGCGGAAAGUUCUUUCCUUGUCAUCGUUGUCAUAACAACUCUGGGUGUCCAAAUGAUAAUUCCAAAGCAAGAGAGGCGUGCUCUGUUGAGUGCUCUGUUUGUAGCCAUCAACAAGAGGUAAAUAGGAAUGACAUUGACUUGAAAUUUUGCGUAAGAGGAAAGAGAGUUCUCCCACUUAGAUUAUAACCGAUUUAACUUCGAAUGUUUGAUCUUUAAGAUCAACCAGGACGCCCACACCUGUGUCAGAUGCAAAACAAGGUUCUCAGCAUAUUUCUGCUCGGUAUGUAAACACUUCACAGGGGAGGAUAAGGCUCCUUAUCACUGCGAAAAAUGUGGUAUCUGCCGGUAGGUGAAACAAUAUUCAUGACGAGUUUAUCAGUGUGAGUUCGAAAUUUGUUUCGCCAGCGAAUCAUGUUGUGCUCGAGUAAAUACUUGCAAAGUGAUGUUUCUAUUUCCCGUUCAGUAUCUACAAGGACCGCUCCUUCCACUGUGAUGUGUGUAACGUCUGUCUGGACAAACGGCUGGAAGGAAGACAUUCCUGCCGAGCAAAUUCAGGACACGAUGAGUGUUGCAUCUGUUUGGAGGUAGUUACUUAAUUUACAUAAUAAGGCUGAAUAAGAAAUAUAUUUUAAAAGGUUUUGCCGUUUAGCCAAAGCAAUUAACCUUGCACUACAUUUGGUUUUAUUCACCUGUCACGUUAGUGACGUCAGGUGCUUGCAUUUCUGGAGUCGAAAUCUGACAAAAGAGAAGCAGAUCACAAUCCAAAUGUCUAUAUUUUUAUUUGGUUGAUCGAUUCUUUAUUUCCAGGACGCUUUUAGCGGUUGUCAGAUCCUGCCAUGCUCACACAAGGUUCACCGCGAAUGUGCUAUUGCUAUGAUACAGAACGGCGUGUAAGUACGCUUAAAUAUCGCUAUAUCUGUUUUUGGAAAUAAACUUAAAUAUGUAAGAACACUCCACCACUGCACUGACAAUGUGUUGGUAUUUAAUUCUUGAUUGGGUGUGUGUGGACCUGCUCCAGCUAUGAGAGUGCACUGAGCAGUUUUCAUUUGCAUUUAUAAUAAAAAACCUCCGUGCCCUCGUAAGGAGCUUUGGUCGGCAGUGGGCGAAGUGAUUUAUUAACAAACAGCGAUUGGUUUUCGCAAUUAAAAUAACUUCAGAAAAGAUUGGAAACUACGUGAAGAAUCAACAGUACGGACUUCCAGAGAUACAGACCUCAGUUCCCGCCUACAGCUGGGAAUAAGUCUGGUGAAAUCGACAAAUCCCGGUUAACGCCCUCAUUAUCCUUCUUCGUCCCCUAAGCUUUUGGUAGGUCCAAAGAUUAUUUCAGUUUUGGUUUUUUUACUUCAUCGGUAAACUUUGAAAGACCUUUACGUUAAGUAUGCCAGAAUUAUUGCCACAUUCCCACACCAGUUUUUCUCGAGUUCACCUGAAUAUUUCCUUUUAAUUUGCAGUCGCAGCUGUCCUAUUUGCCGCCAUCCUUUGUACAGUCAGACUGGAAUGAAUGAGUGAAUUACAACCUCGACUCCAGUGUUCAAAAUUCCAAAGCAAAAUUGUUCCCUAUUAAGAUGUUUUAGAUAGUGUCCUGAUUGACGUAUUCAUUCUUUUUGUAGCCGUGAAUUUAAACUUUUAUCACUAACGAUGACUGGUUCUUUAUUUCUCCUGGCGGUAUCACACUUGAAUCAAAUGAUAAAUGCAACGAGAAUAAAGGCAAUAAUCACCAAUUUAGGAAGCUAUUGAUUGGCAAACAAACUAUCAUUGUCAGUACCAGAGUACAAUGUAAAAAGAACAAUGUAGAUUUUUAGGGUUGAAGAUUGUAAUAGUUAUUUUAAUCUUACCUGUACAAGGACGCAAACCUAAUGGGAGAGGGGAAAUGAAGAUGGCAGGAUCCCCUUAGGUCAAAGUGACUUCUAUGCAGUGGCUUUUAUAUCCAAAUUUAUCGCUUUCAUCUCUUAAAAGAUUUGUGUAAAAGUGUGCAAGGUAUCGAUUAGUCUGGCGAGGAGGUGGCUAUGUGUAUCAUAGUAGCGAAGCCAUUGUAUGAUAAAAGUAUAUUUCUUAUCAUUGUAAGGAAACGACAUAGUAAAUUGUCCAAAGCCUAAGCAGCAAUUAGAUUUGGCAGCGGGUUGUUUUUUUUUCCGCAAUCUAAAAUGAAAAUAUGCCUCAAGGGAUUUUAUAACCCUUACACUUUAAGUCAAACAAAACAUUUCACAGGGUGUUGUUAUUAAAUUCCUGGUAGUGUUUUAUGGUUCUAAGAAUGCUGUGUGAAAUAAAGCCCCUCUACAACCUUUUUUUCAUGUAAAGUUACACCAGAAGAGGUAGGAAUUGUAAGAGUUUCAAGUUUCAUCUUCUUUGCCUUUC